GUCAAAAACGGCCGCCAUAUCGACGGAGAUAAUCGCACGUAAAUUCUUCUAGUAUAACGACAAUCACCAUCACUGUCUUUGUAUGUUUCCAAUAAUGAAGAUGACAUUUUAAAUGAUUCAUUUUAUAGAACCAGACAGAGAGAAAAUGUGCAAUCCGUCUUCAUGGUCUGGCAGCACGUAAAGAAAUCGACAAUUAUUCUUGGACCUGAAGAAUAUCGACUCUCAUACGAAUAUAUGACAAGGAAUAAUUCUAAAAAAAAGUCUUAGUCGAACACCAGGGUAUCAAUAAUGCCUAAAACUACGGUCGGGGAUAAAAAACGCAAAAAGUGGAAUGAAGAGAAUAUGCGGAAAGCAGUGAUAGCAGUCAGGUGCAAACAGAUGGGUUACUUGAAGGCUUGUAAAACAUACAAUGUUCCUCGAGCUACACUUUUCAGGCUGUGCAAAAAGAACAUGGAGCCUGAGGUCGUGUGCCGUACCAAACUAGGCCAGGCACAAAGAAAUGAAGUCCAAGUAAAUUCAGAAGAUUAUGUGCUCCAGGAGAAACCCCAACCAGAAAACUUAGCUCAAAAUGCCACCAUAGUCUUACCACGGGAUAUAAUUUCCAAGCCAACUUUGAGGAAGAAAGAGGGCACAAGAGGGCGGAAAGCAGGUCAAGCCAAAGUUUUGACGUCGACUCCAAAUAAAGAAGAGUUGAAACAAUCAAUAGAAAUAUCGUCAGUUAAAGAAAGGGACAAAGUUAAAAAAUCAAAAAAAGGUAAAUCUUCAUCGGAAGAUUCAUACAGUUCUGCAUCUUUACUUGACUCCUCAUUCAACGACGAUGAAGAAUUUCCUGUUUAUGAUCCUCCAUCUAAGGAGACUGAGUGUUUGUUUUGUUCAGGAGAUAUAAUAGAAUAG